AUGUCGGAUUUCCAAGGCAGAGGUCGUGGAGGGGGCCGUGGUAACCGUGGUCGCGGUCGCGGUGAUGGUGGUGGCCGCGGCGAUUUCCAGGGCCAUGGUCGGGGAAGGGGUGGUGCAACUUUCUCAGGGUUCCAGGGUGGUGAUGCUCAGCGAGGACGCGGAAGAGGGCGGGGGGAUUUCGGAUCUGACCGUGGUCGGGGCGGGGGUUAUAAUCGAGACAAGUUCCCAGGCGAGCAGAUUGUCUUUAAUCCAAAUUCUAUACCACGCCCGGAUGCCACCAUUACACAACUUGAGGAUAACCUUGUCAAAGGUCAGGGCGUUAGUGCCUUGACCGCUAAGAUGGGGAAAGUCCAGAUCUCUGCUGCCCAGGAUCCAAAGGAUUCUUGGUUUCCCCGUCGGCCAGCCUUCGGCACUCAGGGUGCGAGCGUCAUACUCUGGGCCAACUACUUCAAACUGGACGCGUCAGCCAAAGUAGCCUUGCUAAAGUACUCCUUGAAAGUCUCAGAAAAGAGCAAACCAAAAGACCCAAGCAAAGAGACGCCCAAGGGGAAGGGCGCGAAAGGCGGCCAACGGAAACCAAGAGAAGCGAAAGGCAAAAAGCUUCACUCUAUUAUCAAAUCGGCUCUCGAUCAAGUUGCGGGGUCUGUGACUUUUGCAACUGAAUUCAAGGAUCAAGUGAUCUCACUUGCGCCAUUUACUUUACCUGAUGACCACAUAGUCACGGUGCAGUACCGUGAUGAGGGGAGAGACGAUGUGUAUGAAGUCAAAUUCCAUGGGCCAACUACAGUCGAUCUACCUGGUCUCUUCGACUAUCUGAAAACGAUGCAAGAACCUGCAGGAGAAGUCACUUUUCCAAAAUACGCAGAUGCAAUUGACGCCAUCAGCAUCAUUACCGGCUUCUAUGCUCGAAGUAAUGAAGGUACUGCGGCCUUGGGCCGCAGUCGGUACUUUCCAUUGAAGUUGGCCAAUGAGCAGUAUGAAUUGGGCUAUCCCGACUUCAAUCGAAUCAUCCGGGGCUACUUUCAGAGUGCUCGGCCCGCCACCGGGCGACUUCUCCUGAACGCCAACGUUGCCCAUGGAGUCUUCCGGCCUAAAGGUCUCGUAUCAGACCUAAUUGAUCAGUUCAAUCACAAUUAUGCCUACAUAAACAAGUCUCUUGGGAAAUUAAGAGGCCAGUGCAAGGUUCUUUCUGAAGACAAAGAUCCAAAAAAGACUCGCUUCUACCAGAAGCUUAUCUGCGGCUUGGCUGACCCAUCCGAUGGAACCGGAUCUAACCGACCCAAAGUGCGAGAGCGAGGUGCUGGUGCAAAGGAUGUCCAGUUUUAUCUACAAGCCCCAGCUCCUGCAGGUCUCCAAGGUAACGCAUACUGCUCCGUUGCGGAUUAUUAUAAGAAGAGAUACGGGUACAAUGUGAACCCCAAGUACCCUGUAGUGAACAUCGGAACCAAGGCUCGGCCAGUCUACAUGCCUGCUGAAUUUGUCGAGGUGAUAGAUGGACAAGCCCUCCGUCGAAAGACGACUCCAGAUGAGACUCGUGGCAUGAUCAACUUCUCUUGUCACUCACCAUACGCCAAUGCGACGUCUAUAUCGACCUAUGGACGCCAGGUUCUCGGCCUUGACAACCCAGAAUGCCUCAGUCGCUUCGGCAUAAAUGUGGACAAGACCUUGCUUACAGUACAGGGCCGAGAACUACUACCACCCACUAUCGUCUAUAAAGAUGUCCAGCAACCGAAUAAGGAUAAAAUCGUCGUCACUAGGGAUGGAGAGUGGAACAUGGAGAACGUCCGCGUCUUCAAACCUGGCCGAAGAAUUGAUCGGUGGUUCUGGAUAUCAAUCGAUAGUGGAAAUAGAGCACACCAGAGACAUAACGAUGUGGCCAAUAACAUGCGGGCAUGGGUACAAUUCUUGCAGAAACAGGGAAUUAACAUGGCGGCUGAUCCUUUGAAGAAAGAUCUUGAGACCAGAGUUACAGUGCGCGGGUCCCCGGCAGAUGCCGUUCGAGCUGUAUUCAAGGACAUGGAGCCAUUCAAACCACAACUUGUAUUCGUCGUGCUGCCAGGUAGAAAGACGGACACGGCGAUCUAUAACGCAGUGAAGAAGCUGGGUGACGUUGACUUUGGGUAUCUCACUCAGAAUAUCCUGCAGCAGAAUCUGAUCAAGAACAAUUCCCAGGUCUAUGCCAACCUGGGAUUGAAGGUCAAUCUCAAAAUGGGCGGGAUCAAUCAUAGGCUACGGGAUGAUGUCACUAUCAUCAAGCAACAUCCCACCAUGGUUGUUGGAUAUGAUGUGACUCAUCCAACCAACCUUGCUGGCAACAAACAAGGCUUGCCUAGCUUGGUUGGCUUGGUCGCAAGCAUCGACGAACACCUCGGCCAAUGGCCUGCAGCGUCUUGGGCUCAAGACGGGCGCGUAGAGAUGCUGAGUGAUAUUCUCGAAACCGCAUUUGCUGAUCGUCUCCAGCUGUACCGACAGCACAAUAGACGGCUGCCAGAAUGUAUCAUCAUCUUCAGAGACGGUGUAUCCGAAGGCCAGUUUCAAAAGGUCCUGGAGGAUGAACUACCGUACAUGCGGAAAGCCUGCGAGAAAGUCUAUCCGGCGACACAGCGUCCGAAGAUUAGUAUCAUCGUCUCGGUCAAGCGACACCAGACUCGUUUUUAUCCCACCGAUCAAAGGCACAUGGUCAACUCACGGAAUAUCAAGAAUGGGACUGUAGUCGAUCGCGGCGUGACUCUUGCCGGCACAUGGGACUUCUUCUUAACAGCCCAUAAAGGACUUCAAGGAACCUCUCGACCCGCCCACUACACUGUAUUGAUCGAUGAGGUGUUCCGAAACUUGUCACGCGACCAGGCAGUCAAUCAGCUAGAGAAGCUGACGUACGAAAUGUGCCACCUCUUCGGACGAGCCACCAAGGCCGUCAGCAUCUGCCCACCUGCGUACUAUGCAGAUAUCCUGUGCACUCGCUCGCGAGUGUAUCUGUCAGACCUAUUCGAGAACUCUGACACAGUGUCUCUCGCGUCCUCGCCGAACACGGAUGUGCCGUCGGUUAAUGUGCAUGAAAGCCUUAAGAACACGAUGUAUUACAUCUGA